ACAGCAAUGUUUUACACUCGAAACAAUUCUCCAUGUAAAGCACAGAACUUAUGAAUUCACUAUAUUUAACAAGUACUCAAAUUGGCAUUCUAACUCAUCGAUUCCAUCAGAUUGAAUGGCCCAGAUUAUGAUGCAAAUUAAAAAAAUAGAAACCAAUGUCAAAGAUUGGUAGUAAUCUUAUCAAAACUGUUAGAAGAAUACAAAAAGCUUGACCACUGUUUACAGUUAAAGGAUGAUCAAGUGACAUUUUAAAGCAGAGAUGAAGCCAAAAUAAUAAAGCUGAAAUGCUAAUGUUAUGCAUCACAAUUAGUGAUGCCGGGAGAAGCUGUGGACUGCAGACAAGUGAACUCGUCUCUAGCCACUUGCAUUCCGUUCCUGACAAGAGCAGACGCUUCUCCUUCAGCUUCAUGCUGUGCUGGGAUCAAGAACAUUAAGACGCUUGCUCAAACUCUAGCCGAUAAGCGAGCUGCAUGCAAAUGUAUUAAGACAGCGGCUGCUCAUUACCCCAAUAUAAAGGACGACGCUGCCUCUUCCCUCCCCAACAUCUCAAGAACCACUAACUGUCAAGCCAUCAACUAAAUGAAGGUGGAGAUGGAUCUAAGAAAUAAAGAUACUGGCAUAUUUGCUUGUAUGUUUAGUAUUAUCUGAAUAAAAGAUUGAAGAUUACAGGCAAUGUUGAGUUGAGAUUGCAAUACCAUUGUAUUAACAGGCACAAUCAAGAAACCUUGCAUCAAACCAAUUAGC